GCCCGCCUGGUCCGGAGUUCCUCGCGCGACACACCGGCCUCCAGCCUCUAGUCCGGGAAGGCCGCUGCGGGCGGGCGGGCGGGUCGGUGACCGGGGGCUCCCGCCGCGCCAGAACCCGGAGCCCGGAAGCCGCGCGCCGCCGCCGCCAUGAGCGGCCCCCUGCGGCCGAGCCCGAGCAGCUGGCGCCGGGCGGCCUCCGUCGUGCUGGCGGCGGGCUGGACGCACCCGGGGCCCGCCGCCUGGUCGCCCGCCGAGGGCUUCCGGCUGCUGCUGCUGCAGCGCUCCCCGAGGCAAGGCUUCAUGCCCGGGGCGCACGUCUUCCCGGGCGGCGUGCUGGACGCGGCGGACCGCUCGGCCGACUGGCUGCGCCUCUUCGAGCCGCACCACGCGCCGCCGCGCUUCGGCCUGGGCCCGGCGCCGCCGCCGCCCUCCGCCUUCCCGGGGCUGCCCGCCGCCGGCGCCGCGGACGGGGACGCGAGCGGCGCGGCGCUGCCCGAUGACGUGGCCUUCCGCAUCUGCGCCAUCCGCGAGGCCUUCGAGGAGGCCGGCGUGCUGCUGCUGCGGCCCAGGGGCUCGCGGCCGUCGGCGCCCGAGCCGGGCCGCGCCCUCGCGCCGCCGCCGGGUGGGGCGUCGAGCGGGGCGCCGCGGGAGCCUCCAGCCGGCCGGGGACCGGGCGUCGGGCCCGCAGCCUGCAGGCCGCCGCCAGGACCCGGGGCCGCGCCCUCUGCUCUCCCGGCCUCAGGGGCCCGGGGCCUCGUCUGUCGGUCCCCCGCGGGGCCGCUGCCCCAGCCGAGGGCCGCCCGGCUCCCCGCCAGCGCUUCACGAGCUCAAGGCACGUUAAUGAUAAUUGUACAUCUUCAGUUAGAUUUUAGGUGCCGAUCUAAUGAUCUCAGAUCUUGCAUUGUCUGUGGAACAGUUAGGAAAUCCUCCCUUUGUCUUCCGCAGUGGUCAUCUCCGUCAGAGGCAACUGAAAGUUUCAUAUCAGAAGAGAUUUGGUUGGCACCCCCACAGUUCUACGAAAUAAGAAGACUCCAGAACUUUGCCUCUCUCUCUGACUUGCACAAAUUUUGUUUGGAUCGUGCAACAGAAGGGCCGGAAAGGUGGCUGCCGAUCACGUGCUUAACUGCUGAUGGGAGGCUCCAGCUUCUACCCGGAGAUGAACUGUACUUAGAAGAUUCAUACUUUUUAGAAAAUCCUUUGUCCACUGAAAAAAAGACUGAAGAAGUUAUGAAGGAAGGCAAGAAAUUUCACCGAAUAGUAAUACACAGUCCUCAUGUUUACAGUAUCCACGUGACUGUUCAGUCAAAGUGUAAACACGUCUAUCCUAAGAACUAUGUAGUAAGUAAGAGCCGUUUGUAGAGUACUGCUUUGUGUAAACUGACUACCUGAUGUUGCCCUGAUGGCUACUGAGGCUUCACUGGACUUGCUUGGAACUUUGGGCCUGUAAAAGUUAUAGUGUAGCCUUUCAUAUUUCAGGUGUAUUAUGGAGCACUCUUGCUUAUUUAUUCUUUAAACCCUACAGGAAUUAAUGAUCUUGUUACCAAAACAAGAAAAAAUUCACCAGGUUUUCCACUCCUGUAUUGUUUCAUUAUCAAAAGUGUAAACAAGAUGUUCUCUCGCCAUUAUCUUUAACUGUCCGGUGGAUUAGCACUUCCUGGAUGUGCCUAGGAGAAUGAUCCGUGAAUUCUUUAAAUUUUCUGCUGAAAUUAAUUUAAGGGUGUCUGAUUACAUAGGGAACAGUAGACUGAGAUGAUCUUCAAGUGACAGUCAUUAUUUUCUUACGUCUUUAGCCUGAUGGUUAAGAUACAAUUCUGUUCAAAACCAAAUGGCAUUAGUUAUUAGGUUUACCAAAUUGGAAACCGAUUUCAGUUACUAUUUUAAAGAAAUAUGAGGGCAUAGAAAACUAUGAUUCUUUUUACUCUGCCAGUAAGUGAAUACGGAGAGGUUAGAGAGAUGCAGAACUGUGCAUCAUUUACUGGCAUUUAUUAAUGAUGUGUAUUUUCAGUAUUUUUAAUAGGGGUAAUUUUUUCACUUCCUCUUAUGGGGAAAAAUCUUUAUUGAUUAAAGAUGAGAAAUGGUUAAGACGCUAAUUCUGUUUCAGAUCUUUGACUAUUAUGCUGUGUAUAAUGGAUGUCGUUUUCCAUGAAAUAUCUUACUUUUCCUACCUAUAAAAUAGAAGUAUUGAUAAAUAAA